ACAAAAACGGGACAUCAAAAUCUAACCCAUUACUCUUCCAAAACAAACGUCAGUUCCAGUGAUUCGUGAUGAUUAACUGGGAAAUUAGGUAAAAUUAUGGAUGGCGGAGACGGAGACAAGACACAAGAAACAUGGGAGACUAAGACUACGCAACAGACAAAGAAUAAGCUAGAUGGAGAAGACAGGAAGGAAAGUCCCAAGAGAAGAAAACUUUCUAAUGAAGAGCUUCUAAAUAGAGAAGAGAAGAUGGAUGGAAAAGGCAGAGGAGGGGGAACUUCCCAGACUCUAGGGGACCAGGCGUUUAUUAUCCAGCUACAGGAGGAAGUUCAGACAAAAGAUCUUGCAAUUGAAGCUCUUCAGUUUGAAAACCAGAAGCUUAAGCAACAACAGCAGGCUUCACCGCAAAAUGUAUCUCCUGUCGAGAAGAAGGUCUUGGAUCAGUACAAAUUGAAGAUAAUGGAAUACCAGUCAGCACUCAAUCAGCGUGACCAGGUGAUAGGCACGCUACAAACAAGACUGGCAGAAUUGGUGCAACAGCGCGAUGAGGCCUUGACAGAUGCAGCGCAGCAGACGGAGAAUUUUGGAAGGGAGGUGGAAACACUAAAGUUACAGCUUCAAGAGGCAACUGAUGCCUUGUCCAAGAAGUGGGCGACAGGGGUAAAUCCUCGGGAACAUCUGGUGCUAAAGAAUAAGUUAAUAGCCGUCCAACAGACUAUAGAUCAGGAUCGCCAGUUUUUAGAGGAAAUAAGUAGGCAGCUGACGGAGAAAGAGGAGCGAUGUAGUUUAGUCGAACACAAAUACAAGCAGUGUUUACAAAAGUGCAAGCAAUUGCAAGUUGAAAAUGAAGACUUGAAAAAUAAGAACAAGAUUGGUGAAGCAAAUCUUGCACUUAUAGAAGAGGAAAAGAAGAAAGCGGAAGAAAAAUUUACCGAAGCAAGAGAGAGAAUUGCAUCACUUUCUAAGGAACAAAAACAAACAGUUUCAGAAAUUCAAAAUCUUAUGGGGAAGCUGCAGGAUGUAACUGUUGAAUUACAGGCAUCUAAAGAAGAGCAGCAGACACAGCUGGCUGCUGCUGAUGAACGGCUUGGUGGUGAAAUAACACUGAUAAAGCAGAAGAUCAGUGAACAACAUUCAGAGGAGAUUACAAGGCUCAAAGAAGCACAUGAAAAAGAACUGACAAAAGUAAAUGAACAAAUCAGUUCUUUGGAAAAGCUGCAACAAGAAGACCAUGCAAAACUUUUGGAAAAUUUAGAAGCUGAGAGGAAUAAGGUCCAGAUACUAGAGUCUACUUUGCGAGACAUGAUGAAGAAAAAUGAAGACAAGCUUAAGGAAUUAGAGCAGGAACAAGAGAAGAGACAAGAAGUGGAAGAGCAACUGAAAAUAGAAUUAGAGAAAGGCAGGGAUCUUUUAGCUAAGAGUGAAAUGCUAGAUAAGGAGUUAGAGAACAAAAAUAAGGUACUGGCAGAGAAUGAACGUUUCAAAAAUGAGUUGAAAAUGCAGCUUCAGAAUACAGAGAAGCAGUGUGAUACUGUCGUGAAGAACUUAGAGGAAUACCGUGGACGGAGCGAGAACCUGAAGCAGAAAUAUGAAGAACUUGUGUUGGAGAAGAAAAACUGGAUUCAGGAAAGGGCUUCGUUAAAUGCGGAACUGCAGUAUGUGGAGAGACUGAAUGCAGAAGUUAGUAAGCUUGAAAAUGAAGUGAGAAUGAAAGUGGAGAUGGAAAAGGAAUUACUUGUAUGCCAAAACAUUAAAGUUGAUCUCCAAAAAAAAUGCUCAGAGCUGGAGUCUUACGAAAAGAUAAAUGCAGACCUCCAGAAUGAUAUUGAGAAAAAGAACAUCGAGUUGUCAAGGUUGAAACAAGAGUGUGAUCAAAUGAGUGCCAUUUCUAAAGAACUUGCACAGAGGAAAGCUGAAAAAGAAGAUUUGAAUACUCAGAUGCAGGACAUUCAGCAAAAGUAUGAUUCAGCAAAAGAGAAGCUGAGUGAACUUGAAGGAGAUCACAAGAACCUGCAGUUAAAAUAUAAGGAACUUCAAGGAGAGAAAGAGAACUGGCUCAAAGAAAAGGAAUCAUUAAAUAAAGAAAUUGAAUAUAUUGAAAAACUUAAUGUUGAAGUGAAUAAGCUUCAAGAAGAGGUAAAAGUCAAAGUCGAAUUGGAAAAAGAAGUGACCACCCUCAGAGACACUCUUAAGGAUCUCCAGAACAGGGUGACUGACUUGCAGCAUUGUGAAGAGAGAAAUCUGGAGCUCCAAGCUGAUCUGGAGAAGAAGGAACGUGAACUCGGGGAGAUUAAAGACAAAUACUCAUCUUUGCAGGAGGAGUACAAGUUACUUGAGCAGGUUGACUGGUUGAGCGAUGAGGAACUGCUCGAGGAAAUGAGUGUGAAUAUAUCUAUGAAGAAGAAGGUAAAGCAACUGGUAAAUAAACUAAAAGAAACAGAUCAGAAUCUACAUUCCAUGGAAAUAGCCAUGAAAGAUGCUAGUCUUGAAAAGGAGGCUCUUGUGUCAGAGGUAGAGCAGUUGAGAAAAACUUGUGACAGUAUGGAGAGACACAAGAAUGAAACGGAAGCAGAACUUGAAAAGAUGAUGGACCAGUAUAAGAUGAUGGAGGCAGAACUAGUAGACACAAGACUCGCACUUGACAGGGAGGUGCAACUGGCAACUCAUCAGAGGAUAACCAGUGAUGUUGGGGCAAGUGUUUCAGCAUCCCUAGAGGACCGUGCUGCACAGACCACUUCAGUUACAAGUGGAACUUAUCCAGUGUCAGGUGACAAUCACAGUGAGCAAGGAGAUACAGAUACAGCGAUCAUCUCUCAUGAGGAGCAGCAAUUUGGGUUGGAGGGCAAAAAGGAAAGUACUGGUGCCUCUUGGAAAGAAAAGUACUUUAGUCUUGAGAAGAGCAAGAAGGAAUGUGAGAAUGAGAUUGAAAAGCUGAAGGUUAAGAGUCAUGAUCAAUAUUUUGCCAUUCAGUCUUUAGAGAACAUAAAGUCCAACUUAAGCCGGAGAAUCGAGGAAAUGGAAAUGGAGAAGAAAGCAUGGAGGGAAAACCAAAGACAGUUCCAGGAGUUGCAAGCGGAAAAGAUGCAGUAUCAAGUUUUAAUAAAUGAAAUGAAGUUUGUGAUUGCGGGCGCUGAAGACAAAUUAAAACAGGCUGAGGAAAAUAUGAAUCAGCUUCAAAUGAAUGUACAAAAUCUAGUCAAAUUGCAUGGCUCAGAAAAUCCAGAGUUCAGCCAAAAAAUCAUGAAUUGCCUAGGGUUAAUGACUGCAGAAUCAUCAACAAAAUCUUUGAAGGCGUGUGUCAAGUUCGAAUAUGAAGUUAAGAUUGAGGAACUUCACAUCAUACAGGAAGACUACAGGAAGGGCUUGUCAAAUCUGCAGGAUGUGUUGCAUCGUGCAGAUAUACUGCAUAAAGAAAAACUAGACAGCCUCCUAGAAAAUGCUGUCCUUAAAAGUGAAAUCCAGAAGUUGAAAACAUCACCUGAAAUGAAGGAGAAGGAGGAGGAACACAAGCUUAGAGUAUUGCCUGAAUGUGGGAGCACAGAGACUGCAGAUUUAAUCCUGAAGCAUGAAAAUGAGAGGCUGAAGAUAGCACUGAACCAGCAACAAGUACGAAGUAGAUUAGAGAAGCUUAAAUAUCAGUCACCUAGGCUUCAGGCACAGGAAGGACAAGGUUCAGCAAGAAAAGAGAGAGAACUCUUUAAAACAUAUGUAGGUAAUCGUUUCAAGCAGAUUCUGCAGGACUGGGAGGACAAGGCUAAAUGUGAGCCAUCCUUGGCUAAUUUCAUCUCUACAGAAUCCUACAGAGUUCACAAUAUUUUACAGAAUUUAGAUGAAGUUGGGGAUGACUCUCCAACCAGCCAUGUGUAUAUGGAAACUGCCAUUCAGUUCAUAAGAGAUGCAGUAGUCAAGGUAAAUAAAUAUUAUGCUCACAAUGGUUUCUUCUUGUCACUGUCCAGCAGACAAGGAAUGAUAAAGUUUGAAUAUAUGAUAUGCUGGAUCUUGUUUAUGGUGUAA